AUGUCUCCUCCCCACGCAGCGGAAGGCCCCGAGGGCCCAGAAAAGCCCCUCGUUAACCGACCCGAUAUCAAGCUUCCCCCAAUUCCAAAUGGCUUCCGCAUCCGCAAACGCCCCCUCCCCAAUUCCCUCCCAACCUCCAGAUCCCGCCCUUCAGCCACCAUCCUUCCCGAUCUAGACGGCUAUCUCCCUCCCCCACGCGCCUCCCACACCAUCAUAAUCAAAGUCUCCUCAUCCACAAGCUUCAUGUCCCUCGUGCGACGCGUACGUAAAGCCCUAGAGAAAUCCCCCACCCAAGCCGGCGGCCAAACCUCUAGAGGACUCCCCCUCACAGCGCGUAUCGCCGUGCUAGGAGUCAAACAAGCUCCGAGGAGAACGGGCCCGAUUGCAGAUGCGCUGGAUGAUGUGGUGCUUGUUGCCACGGGGAGGGCGAUUGAGAAGGCAAUCGAGGUGGGUGGGUUCUUUACGAGGGAGAAGGAUUUGAUUGUGCUAGCGAGGACUAGGACGCUGAGGGCGGUCGAUGAUUUGGUUGCCGAGGAGGAGGAGGCUGAUGUGGAGGAACGGUCAAGGGUGAGGAAUGUCAGUUGUGUUGAGAUUGGGAUAAGGUGGGCAUAA